CGAGGGAAGAAUUUCUCUCAAGAAGUUUAUUUUUUGAAAGAGGCUUUGGGUUGCAUUUGCAUGAAAAACGGUGUAUCUUUUGUGUUUCCCCGGGCUAAGCGUACAAGAACGACGCGGGAAUCAAAGCCCCAAAUCCGAUUUUAUGACAAAGCGGCGGUUAGGGCGGUGCGUGAGCGGGGCUCAGUCAAUUAGCAUGUAUGUAUGUACUCAAGGAGUACAAAAACGACAGUGGGUAGUUUGCGGAUCACGAAUUCUGAAGGCCCAGCCAAUGUAAUCGCCCCUUUAAGAGAGCUGGCGCGUGUGUUCCCUCACUCUCUCUCCCUCUCUGUGUGUGUGUGUAUAAAGCCUCCAUUCCGGAUUCUACGUCUCCCUUUUUUCUUUUUUUCUCUCUUUUUUUUUUUCCCCCUUCUCGUUCGAUCAUCGCUUCACAACAUGUCCAAUUAUCAAUACCCUCCUCCACCCCAAGGUCAAUACUAUGCACCUCCUCCCGGUGGUGACCAGUACGGCGGCGGCUAUGGCGCUCCUCCACCCGGUGGCGGUUACUACCAGCCCACUCCUCCUCCUCAGACCGUAAUUGUCCAGCAGCCCCAACAACAACAAUCGGGUGCCGAUGACUGCUGCUGUGCCUGCAGCAGUAGAAGCGACCGAUAUACAUUGUCCAUCAUCCCAUUACAGCAACGGCAACAGCAACAAAAGAAACAAAAAAAGAUGAAGGCGUGGCUGAACAAGGUCAGUACGAUGGUCCAGGUACACCAGUUGUCAAAUAGGCUUGGCAUUCAGAUUGUUCAUCUUCUUCCGCUCGCUGCUUCUUUCUUUGUCACACAAUAGUCCACAUGGUCAAUCUUAUUAUUGUAGUAUAGUCCGGAAGAAAACAUGCCGAUGAACAUGUGUUGUGCGCCUCUUGUCGAUUAUUGCUUUAGCUUAUUGACGCCAUCCAUAGGAGAGAGAAAGAAAAGGAGGAUUUCCUACGAAGCGA